ACCCUUUCCCAAAAAAAAAAAAAAAAAACAACACAACCCUACCCCUACCCGGCUACCCCCAACGCCAAACCAGCCGCCGUCCUCCCUCUUCUUCCCCCUCUUCCUCCUUUUCUUCUUCCUAUCCUUCUUGUUUUUUCUUCUGCUCGUCGGCUCUUCUUAUUCUUCUUCUCCUCUUGCUAGCUAUCGUUUCAUACUCCAUUCCCUAAACCCUAAACCCGUGACUUUAUUGUCUUUGUAUUGGGCUUAAUCUCCGACAGUCGCAAUCUUCUCGAACGGAAUCGACAACCUAGAGUCACAUGGCCGAAUCCUCUGACAUAAACAACGACCUCUAUGGCGAAGGCAGCGAGAAGCCUCGGGCCAAACACAAAGGUAAGCAUGACAAAGACAAGCCUUGGGAUGAUCCUUCCAUCGAUCACUGGAAGAUAGAGAAGUUUGAUCCUGCAUGGAACGAGGGUGGAAUGCUUGAAGUUAGUUCAUUCUCUACACUCUUCCCCCAGUAUAGAGAGAAGUAUCUGCAAGAGUGUUGGCCAAUUGUCAAAGGAGCACUGAAAGAGUACGGAAUUUCUUGUGAAUUGAAUUUGGUUGAAGGAAGCAUGACUGUCUGGACUACCAGAAAGACACGAGAUCCUUAUAUAAUAGUAAAGGCCAGAGAUCUCAUAAAACUUCUGUCAAGAAGUGUUCCUGCUCCACAGGCAAUAAAGAUUCUCAACGAUGAGAUGCAAUGUGACAUCAUCAAGAUUGGCAGCCUUGUUCGCAAUAAGGAACGGUUUGUGAAAAGAAGACAAAACUUGCUUGGUCCAAACUCUUACACUUUGAAGGCACUGGAAAUUUUAACUGAAUGCUACUUGCUGGUUCAGGGAAACACAGUAGCUGUCAUGGGUUCAUAUAAAGGUAUAAAACAAGCGAGAAAGGUUGUUGAAGACUGCAUGCAAAAUAAAAUGCAUCCAGUACAUAGUGUCAAGAUUCUAAUGAUGAAGAGGGAACUAGCAAAACAUCCUGAACUGGCAAACGAAAGUUGGGAUAGAUUUCUUCCAUCUUUCAAAAAGAAAAAUGUGAAACAGAAGAAAGUUAAGGCGAAAGAGAAGAAACCUUACACUCCUUUCCCUCCACCACAGCCACCAAGCAAGAUUGAUUUGCAACUGGAAAGUGGAGAGUAUUUCCUUAGUGAUAAGAAGAAGCAGACCCAAAAAUGGUUGGAGAAGCAAGAGAAACAGGCAGAAAAAACAGCUGAAAGUAAAAGGAAACGUGAUGAGGCAUUUAUUCCACCCGAGGAACCCACAAAACAAAUGGAGCAUGCUGCUGACAAGACUGAUGUGGCUCAAACAGCAUUAUCUCUGAAGAAAAAAGCCAAGGAAUUAAGGAAGCAGAAAUCUUGUGAAAAUAUUGAUCCAGAGGCAUACAUUGCUGCUACAACUUCGACUUCAGAAUUGCAAAUUAAAAAGAAAGCAAAGAAGUUUAGCCCAACCAGUACCUGAAAUAGACAGAUUGGAGGAUGCCUUUUUGGUGGUUCCAUUAUUGACUGUAUUAAUAGGUGUUGUUAUGAAGCAGCAAGCUUACAUGAAUAUUGUCCCACCCUACUUUCUAUGGUAUUUUAUAACAAAACUUGCAAGGCAGGGAGCUUGUUAGCAUAUAUGACAUGGCUAUAAGGCAUUGGUUCUUGUUAGCAUUUUCUCAUAUAUAACAUGGCGAUAAGGCAUUGAUAUUUAA